GAGGUCCGAGCCUCCGCUUGACCCACCUCGAGAUUACGAUCGGCUUUUCCCCAAGUAAAUCGUCCUACAAACUCCCUACAACCUACUUUUGGCCACCUUGAGUGGCAACACUGGCGUGACGUCACUACCGGAACAGGCACCAACGCGCGCCGGCUAGCUGCUUGUUCAGUACGCUUUGACUUUUCCCCAAGUAACGACGUGUGUUCGUUCGCAAAGCAAAUAUAAAAAGUGAACUAUCAACGUUUAGUUCUACAAGUGAAAGACUAAGGGAAUAUGCCGACAAUCCGAGAGGUCCUUCUACUCACGGGUACCACAGCCUCCACCUCAAAGGACCCGAUCGAUAAGCUGCAUGACGCCAUUCUGCCGUUCAUGCCGUUAGACUGGAAGGACUGGCAAAUAGAAGAUGUCAAUAUUCAGGAGCUCAUUGGUGAUCCACCCGAUCCUAAAAUAAUCAACAAACUGCGCUAUGCGAUCCCGACGGCAGACAUAGCAGCAGCUUUCAGUCUGAAGGAGCUAUCCGAAAAAACAUACAAAAGCAUAAAAUUAAAGAUGCUUGAAUGGCCUUUCACCAGAGCCCUAAUUUAUGCUCCCUAUUCAUUGGCUGUUAAAAUACACGGCAACAACGUGGAAAAUGUUCUGAAUGCAAUCAGAAUGAUGAAACCACAUCUUCGUAGCAGAGAAGAAACCGAUAAUUUCUUAAAAGGGCGCUCUCCGUCCCGAGCCUCAAAACGAGCUCCAAGCACUCCAACUCGAUCCCCAAUCAGAUCGAAGAGAUUGAGGACCCCUGAGACCACAGAGAAGACACAGAGCACCAGGAUGGAUCCCAUCGCCGCUGCGCUCGAGAAGCAAACGGAAAUGUUCAGCGCCCUAAUGCAACAAAUGUUGGCUGCCUCCAACAACACUACCGAGCGCGUAGUACAAGCUGUAAAUGCGGUUAAAGAAAGAACCGAUCGGAUCCAAGUAAGCGACGACGUUCAAAUGGCUGAUCAGACUAUCGCCGAAGCGGACUCGUCUUACUCAGAUAUAGACAUAGGGUCAGACAAUGAGAGCGAGGAGGGCCAAGAGGAACAAAUAAGCCCAUCAGCGCCAGUACCAAUAUGGAAUGAUAAGACAGAAGCUAUUGCUGGUCUUUGUUUUGAUACGAUCACUACUGAAGCUGAACCUCCUGUCCCAGCGGCAGAUGCAGACAUGGUGGCAAAAGGGGCUAAAUGCCAGCGUCUUGGCUCUGACACAUGGAAUAAUCUGCGUUACAAAGAUGCAGAAAAAACGCUACAUGGGACUCCGGUUUUUACUGCACUUAAAAUCAACCCUCAACUAAGCAAAAUCACGCCAAGAUGGUGCAACCCAGAUAUACUCCUGAAAAUCGAUAAAACCCUAGGAGUGCUCACACAUGCUUUUCUGUUGGAGAGACGAGCCUUAGAGGAUGGUCUUCAACAAAUAGCAAGAGAGGUGAAUGACCCUCUGGUUAUCAAAUCAAUACACCAGAAUGUGCUCUCAAAAGAGUCCGGGUACAGGCGUAUCUCCGACCAGGCGCUACAAUACGUCUGUGGCCGGCGCUCCGAAGUAAUAUCGGCCAGAAGAGCGUUCUACUCGUCGUCAGAUAUGGCAUGUGACACUGUCAUGCAGAACAUUCCGCCUUCUAAGACACACUUGUUUGACGAAGCAAUGCUUUCAGAAGCUUUCAAGCAAUAUGGCGGAUAUGAAAAGUUUUUUCCCCCGAAGAAACCUGAGUUCAAAAACAAAAUGCAAAACAAAACUCCCAACGCUCCCAACUUCAAUAGGACAAGACAACCUCGACGAGCCCAAGGGCCAGCCAAAUCCUCUAGCCAUCAAAAGAAUCGUGCCAAGGACGCUCACAGCUCGAAGAAGGACUUCCAGAAAGCGCCCCACGCGAGCUGCGCAUAGUAAAAAAUAUUGACAGUCAGUUUCGAGCCGGGGUACUACGUCUAAGGGUAAAUCAGUGGAGAAAAUUGUGAGCAAAU